AUGGAACGCGUUCUCCUUGACACUAAGCUCCAUUACGGUACCUCCCACGCCGCUUCUAAGCAAAUCUUUCAUAUCGAACACCAAAGAGACGGCGUGGUGGGACUCGAGUUUAGCGCCCCCGCUACAUUGCUCCAACGCAAGGCGGCGAAACUGGACUGUGAAGUGCAAGACGACUGUACCUGCUAUCCAGCAGAGACAAAAGCCAACUGCAAGUGUAGGCAAAUAAGCAUUGCCACAUGGUUUGAAAGCCUGCAACAUCGUUUCCCGGUCAUUACACCCACCAUGGCAUUCCGAAGAGAUAAGGACGGUCUAGUGCAAGCUAGCGUGUCCAAGAUGGUAACGUCCGAGAUAGUGCUCAAUCUCGACAACGAGUAUGCGACGAAUAUAUUGGUGGAUGAAGCCAUAUGUAGAGUGUCAAAUGCCGUACUCACGGGCUGUUACAACUGCGCGAAGGGAGCGCAGGCGCGUAUCAUCUGCAGGUCAUCCCGACCAGCACAAGCGGAAAUUGUAUGCAGCGAUGCGAGUUUUGUCGUUCCCUGCAACGUAGACGGUGUGGAAUCUUUAUUACGAUUCAGCUUCACAAAGGCCCGCAUAAAUAGCCGAUGUUCUGUUUCAUGCGGACCCGUCCUGUCCACAUUCGAAAUAGGCGGAAUCCUAAAAUUUACAAGAAAUGAUAAGCUCAUGAAUCGAAAGCCGAACAAACAGCUUUCAAGACAUCGAGUUCCCCGAUGUUUUCCAUAUUGCCAACUUUUCGCUCAGUGGAUGGCCGAACGAGACGUGGACAGUGACAUCGCGUAUCUUUCCACUCUGAUACUCCACCGUCAUACCGCGUUGAAUCGCGUACAUGAAGACUUAAAAGCGAUCGAGGAAGCGUUUCAUCGAGAAAUUAGUGUCGCGUCAAUGAUCUAA